CACAAUGGGUGAGUAUAUUAUAAUUAAAAUAUAUUCCUAGUUCCAAUUCUUUUGAAUAGUGUCAGUGACCAAUCGAAAUAGAAAUCAGUGGACAUCAUGGAGAGAGAAGGCGAAACCAAAUUUGAAAAUUCGACAUCGGUAAUUCAGUAGUUAAGAAUAACUCAAUCGAUUAUGUAGAUUAACUAGUUAUAAACAAAUAUAUGAAGUAUAAAUUCAAAUUAUUCUUAUCCAUCUAAAAAUUGGAAAUUAAAAAGCAGAAGACAAGAAAUUAUCUUCGAGGAUUUAUAUAGUAAAUACAUUCUUUUGCCUGUCUUACCUAGAGAUAAAACAGUUGUUUGAUGGUUAUCUUAUAGUGUUCAGUCAUUGCGAAAAAUAUUUUUAAUUAGUUAAAAACUAUAAUUAAUUAAAAACUACAUUUUUUUAUGUAUAUAGACGUUAGCGAUGUAUUAUUCCGGGAAGCUCGUCUAUCUCCCGAACAUCGGGUUUGCGACAACAUCGAUUUGGAAAUUAUCGUUGCAGAGUAUGAAAAUUAUUACAAGAUGAAAUUUCAAAAAUAUCCCAUAUUGUGUAAGAAAAUAACUGGAAGGGAAAUGACGAGGGAAGUGACAAAUGCAAGCAAAACUGUUUGUAGAAGUAUUGAGACAAAAGCCAAAUCUGUUAGUAAACAAGCGAGAAGUGAGCCUGUGAAAGAGACGAAUCUACAGCAGAAGAUAACUGAUGACAAUACGAAUCAUAUUAAUCUCGCAAUGACAGUGACGUCAAUAUUCCCCAAUGAGAGUGAUGGACGUUCAUCAGAAGAGCUAUUUAACGUUCCAAUGGAACAAUCCAUGCAAUCGAAGAUAUUGAAAUGCAUUGAAAAGCUUUAUUCAGAUAAUCCGGAAUUACGAAAGAUUGCUGAGGACAUCUCAUGCAGAAGACGCCAUUUUAUCUUUGUAUCGUCACAGGAGAUCAUAGUAAACAAAUUAAAUGUACAUUGGGAUGACGUUAUAGGCCUAGAGGAAUGUAAAACCGCUGUUAAGGAGGCCGUUGUGUAUCCCCUUAAGUAUCCUAUCUUUUUUGAUGGCCCGUUUUCCCCCUGGAAAGGUAUUUUGCUGUACGGCCCACCUGGUACAGGGAAAACGAAGUUAACGAAGGCAGUCGCGACAGAAUGCCAUUGCACCUUUUUUAACAUAACUGCCAGCUCAUUGGUCAGCAAAUGGAGAGGCGAUUCCGAGAAGUAUAUACGUAUAAGUUGCUUUGUCUAUGUUUUAUUUGAACUUGCCUAUAGUCAUUCGCCUACAAUUAUUUUUAUCGACGAGAUUGACUGGAUCGCCACAAAUAAAGGAGACUGUAUAUUGUCUGAACCUGCAAAGAGAUUCAGAUCAGAACUUCUUUCUAGAUUGGAUGGAUUAGUGUCUAAUGAGAAUUCUAAUGUAGUUCUUCUGGCUACAACUAAUUCCCCUUGGUACGUAUAUCACGUUAUUUCAAUGUUUUCUAAGUAGAAAAUAUCGUAAUAUUUCUCCAAAUUCCAAAUAUGUUAUUGUGUUGUUUGAAGUAUUCCUUCAUUAUUAUUAGUAUAAUAGAACGAUAAUAUUUAUUGUAAAUAUGUUAUUAGGAUUUGAUUGAUUGGCAUUGAUGCAGCUUUACUCAGGCAUCUCGAAAAGCAAAUAUACGUAUCAUUACCCAAUGAAGUUGCUCGACUUGGUAUAUUCAAAUUAUACCUUAGCAACCACUUAUUAGAAAAUACAGAUAUUGUAAACCACAUAGUAAAAUGUACUGAAAGAUAUUCUUGUGCAGAUAUAAAAUUGCUUUGUAAGCAAGCGUGGCUACUAGAAAUAAGCCCGAUAUGGAGGAGACUUGAAAAGAAAGAAACACCUGUUACCACUUUGAAAUAUGAAUUAAAAAGUUAUGAAAUAUUAGCAAAAUUGUUAAAAAAAAUGUCACCUACAGUUAUGCAAAUAGAUAAAUAUGAUACGUGGAACAAAUAAAUACGCAAUCGUAAGGACAGAUAUUGAAAAAUAUAAAUAAAUGGAUUAUCGUUCGAGAAAUCAUUCGCAUGUGUGUGCAUGUGUGUUCGCGCACGCGCUAUAGGCUAAGUUUAAAAUGUUCGGUUGUAUUAUAUCCUUGUAUUAUAUAUGUCGGUGAUGAAAGGAAAACCGGAGCCUUCCCUUUGCAAUUUUGAGGAAGCCUUCUAAUGCUUUAGCCUAGAUUUUAUCAUAACUGUAAUUAAGCAAUUGUUAUUUGUAAUUGUUUGAUAUUUGUGAAAGCGAAAGUGGGUUCGAGGUGACAACUGGUCGCCGAACGUAGCCACGGUCACGGGAUAAACGUUUUGCCUGACGAAGGUGUGGAUCGGUUGUAUUGUUCUCCCUAGAAAUCACAUAGAAUUGUACUUUAGAGAUGUCGAUAUAAUGGGACACACGUUGUAUUAGGAAUCAAUCUCCAGACAGAAACUGCCUAGUAACGGCGUUUGAAUCUUUCUCGAUGUUUCCAAAGAGUAUACAACAAACUUUUGACAGAAAUUGCCUAGCAACAACGAUUGGAACCUUCUCGAUGUUUCCAGCGAGCAUAUAACAAACAAAUGCAGUCGUAUAGCGAAAAAGAUUUUCAUCAGAUAUUCAUUCGUGUGAUCGCCUUGGAAAGUGAUACAUCGAGCAAUUUACCGAGUGUCUUAGCAAUCGUAUUUUUUUGUGUUUAAAAUUAUUCUACGCAUAGUAAAAAGUUAUCCCGUUGACCGUGGAUUCGUUUGAACCCAGGAACAUUGUUAAUAGCGUUAAUUAAAUUCAUUAUUCGUUAAAUUUAUUAUUCGUAAAACAUAUUAUUCGUUACUCUUAUUAUUCGUUAAACUUAUUAUUCUUUAAUCUAAUCAUUAGUUAAACUUAUCAUUUGUUAAUCUUAUCAUUCAUUAAACUCAAUAUUCAUAAUAUUUUGCAAAAUCUUGUAUAUUCGCGUAAAUAUAAUCUCUGUUUCGUAAAACAAUGGCUAAUUAUUCGUUCCUCUUAUUGUUCGUUAAACUUAUUAAUCUUUAAUCUAAUUAUUAGUUAAACUUAUCGUUUGUUAAUCUUAUUAUUUAUUAAACUCAUUAUUCAUAAUAUUUUGUAAAAUCUUGUUUAUUCGCGUAAAUAUAUUCUCUGUUUCGUAAAACAAUGGCUAAUUCAAACGAAGGAUCAUUACGCGCCUUAAAUCCUAAUGAUAACCCGACAUAUAUAUGUGAGUGUAUUUUAUCAAAAAUAUGUUUUUUAUGUUUUCUUAUCUUAGUAAUUAUUUUUAAAAAAGUCUUAAAGUCUUAUAUGAAAAUAAAGCUGUUCUUUAUUUCAAAUAAUUGAAGUAAAUAAAUACAAUGAGUUUUAUAUUUUAUUAUAUCUUA